AUGGCUCUCUCUUCUUCUUCGUCUCUCAGGCCCAUCACUUACAAACCUGCUCGUCACUCCUAUCCUUCUUCUCCCUUUCCUACAUUCCGCCACCUCUGGCCGCCCACCGGCGCUAGGUUCAAUACAGUCGCGAAUUCUACUGAGGCUUCGAAAUCAGCCGUCCCUUCCACCGCGGGCACCGCCUCAAUUCAGACCAAAUGGUCGCUUGAUAGUUGGAAGACCAAGAAGGCCCUUCAGCUUCCAGAGUAUCCGGAUCAAAAUGAGCUCGAUCAAGUCCUUAAAACCCUCGAAUCUUACCCCCCCGUUGUAUUCGCCGGAGAAAUGAGGAGCCUCGAGGAUAAAAUAGCUCAGGCCGCCAUGGGCAACGCUUUUCUCCUUCAGGGUGGGGAUUGCGCUGAGAGCUUCAAGGAGUGCAAUGCCAAUUAUAUUCGUGAUACCUUUCGCGUUAUUCUUCAAAUGAGCAUUGUUUUGAUGUUCGGUGCCCAGAUGCCUAUCAUAAAGGUUGGAAGAAUGGCAGGUCAAUUUGCAAAGCCAAGAUCAGAGCCAUACGAGGAGAGGGAUGGAGUGAAGCUGCCAAGUUAUAAGGGUGAUAUUGUGAAUGGUGAUGCAUUUCUGGAAGCAUCAAGAGUUCCAGAUCCAAAGAGAAUGGAAAGAGCUUACUGUCAAUCAGUUGCUACUCUCAAUCUUCUGAGGGCCUUUGCCACUGGAGGCUAUGCUGCCAUACAAAGGGUCAGCCAAUGGAAUCUAGAUUUUAUGGAUCACAACGAGCAGGGGGACAGGUAUCGCGAAUUGGCUUACCGAGUGGAUGAAGCCAUUGGCUUCAUGAUUGCAGCUGGAUUCACAGAUGAGCAUCCAAUCAUGACCACGACAGAUUUUUGGACCUCCCAUGAGUGUUUGCUUCUGCCUUAUGAGCAAGCACUUACUCGGGAGGAUUCUACUACAGGGCUUCACUAUGAUUGCUCAGCUCACAUGCUAUGGGUUGGAGAACGCACUCGACGACUUGAUGGUGCUCAUGUGGAGUUUUUAAGAGGAGUUUCUAAUCCAAUUGGCAUCAAGGUGAGCCAUAAGAUGGAUCCUGAUGAACUGGUGAAGCUGAUAGAUAUAUUGAAUCCAAAGAACAAAGCUGGAAGAAUAACAGUGAUAGUAAGAAUGGGAGCUGAUAAUCUGAGAGUGAAACUGCCACAUCUAAUCAGAGCAGUUCGCAGAGCAGGCCAAAUUGUGACAUGGGUCAGUGAUCCCAUGCAUGGCAACACCAUCAAAGCUCCAUCUGGACUCAAAACUCGCUCCUUUGAUUCUAUCAGAGCUGAGCUGAGAGCAUUUUUUGAUGUGCAUGAGGAAGAAGGAAGCUACCCAGGAGGAGUUCAUCUAGAAAUGACAGGUCAGAAUGUGACAGAAUGCGUGGGAGGCUCAAGAACUGUGACUUAUGAUGACCUGACUUCACGCUACCACACCCACUGUGAUCCCAGGCUUAAUGCUUCACAGUCUCUUGAACUUGCUUUUAAGAUUGCUCAGAGACUCCGCAGAUCAAGGCUUACCUCUCUCCACUCUCUUGCCUCUCUUUCAAAUUAA